GGUAUUCCCCCGCUCUUAUCCUCCUCCCUCACCUGCGUUUCCUGGUCCCCCCUUCCUCUUCCCCUCCGCCGUUAGCUGCACCGGUACACGUUUGGCUCCAGCAAUCCAGCGUAGACGGCGCCAGUCCACCUAGUCCGGACCUUCGAUCGUUGAUUGCACGAACUCAUCGCUGACUACUUUCGAACUCCGUAAACCGAACUCGCGCCCUCCCCCUUCCACUCCCACUCCGCCCACCAUCUCAAGCCCCUUCCCCCAUCAUGCAAUCCAACCUCUUCUCCGGCGAUCCCCUCAACCUCGAGCGCAUCCGCUCCGUGCUCGUCCGCCUCGAAGAGACGAUCAUCUUCUCCGUCAUCGAGCGCGCGCAGUUCGCGCACAACCCGAAGAUGUACGAGCCCGGCGCGUUCGCGGAGCUGCGCGCGCUCGGGUUUGAGGGGUCCUGGCUGGAGUGGUUCUUGCAUGAGAUCGAGAGCUUUCAUGCCAAAGCUCGGCGCUACACUUCCCCCGACGAAUACGCCUUCACCACCGACCUCCCCGCGCCCGUCAUCGCCCCGCCCACCUUCCCCCGCACGCUCUACCCGAACACGGUGAAUGCGAACCCGACGAUCCUCGCGCACUACGUCAAGCACGUCGUCCCGCGCAUCACGCGCCGCGCGUCGCUCGCGCUCGCCGCCGCGAAGCGCGCGCAGGGCGUCGCGGACGAGGGCGAGCUGUACAACGAUGACGGCAACCAUGGGUCGGCGGCGACGGUGGAUGUGGAGUUGCUGCAAGCGAUUAGCAAGAGGGUGCAUUAUGGCAAAUUCGUCUCCGAGUCCAAAUUCCAGGAAAACCCCGCGGCCUUCAUCCCCCACAUCCUCAACCCGAAUCGCGAGGCGCUCGAGGGCCUGAUCACCAAGCCCGAGGUCGAGCGCAAGCUCCUGCAACGCGUGCGGAAGAAAGCCUCGACGUACGCGCAGGAGAUCAUCGACGGGGAGACCGUGUCGACGGCGCAGAAGGUGGAUGUGGAGGGGUUGGUGGAUUUGUAUGAGAGCUUCAUCAUUCCGUUGACGAAGGAUGUGGAGGUCGAUUACCUCCUACAAAGACUAGAUGGGUUGUCCGAACAGGAGAUCGAGGAGUUGAGAACGAAGGGGAAGGCAGCGGUGAAUAUUCCUCCCGCUUCAGCACCCAGUACGAACGGUGUACAUCCUACAAGUCAACAACCAUAGAUGGAAAGUGUAUCAAAUUGACCCUCUGCUAUGUUGAUAUAAACAGCGUCCGAUUCCUUCUCUUCCUCAACAUUUCUACCUCUGCCGCUUUCUACGGUCUGCGAAAAUGGUAUCAUCGCGG